GCUCGCCCGGCUCACCUUGCUAAACUGAUACUUUGAGCCCCGUGGAACCGCGCAGCGAGGUUCGUUGUCUCGCGGGGCGUUUGAUGGUAACAUGGUUUGCAGAGCACGGCAGUAGUAGCUACCCAGUACUAAAGGAUCUUCCGGAAGGCUGCACGCUGCAUCUCUCUCACUCACACAUAUUUUCACAGAGAGGAAGCGGGGUAAACUGAAAAAGGUUUGACCAGGGGCCUCGGUGUCGUCGCUGCACACACAGAGACUCGUUGCCAUGGGAAAACAGAACAGCAAGCUGAGGCCAGAGAUGCUCCAGGACCUGAGAGAGAACACGGAGUUCUCUGACCAUGAGCUGCAGGAGUGGUACAAGGGCUUCCUAAAGGACUGCCCCAGUGGCCACCUCAACGUGGAGGAGUUCAAAAAGAUCUACGCCAACUUUUUCCCUUACGGCGACGCCUCCAAGUUCGCCGAGCACGUCUUCCGCACCUUCGACACCAACAAUGACGGCACCAUUGACUUCCGGGAGUUCAUCAUCGCGCUGAGCGUCACGUCACGCGGGAAGCUGGAGCAGAAGCUGAAGUGGGCCUUCAGCAUGUACGACCUGGACGGCAAUGGCUACAUCAGCCGCGACGAGAUGCUGGAGAUCGUUCAGGCAAUUUACAAGAUGGUGUCCUCAGUGAUGAAGAUGCCAGAGGAUGAGUCCACGCCUGAGAAGAGGACGGACAAGAUUUUCAGACAGAUGGAUCUGAACAAUGACGGCAAGCUUUCCCUGGAGGAGUUCAUCAAAGGUGCCAAAAGUGACCCUUCGAUCGUACGGCUACUGCAGUGUGACCCCAGCAGCGCGUCACAGUUCUAAGGGUCCCUGGUUCCUCAGAGCAAACAAACACACAAUGCAUGAAGGUUCCUGUCUUUUUGUGUACCAGAGGGAAGAGUUUUAAAAGCAUAGUAUCUUUCAUUUUAAUUUAAGAAAUUGGACAUGCAUUCAGUUAAAAAAAGAAGAAAAAAAACUGCCAAGACAUCAGCUAUCAGCUGUCCAUCAUCCGUCACUCGAUGGAGAAGGGAUUUCUGUUGAAUUCACAAACGUCUGCGGAUCAGAAUGCCUGACGGACAGUGUCUUACAGAACCAAAAUUUCAGAAGGGAACAUUCCACACUGGGAACUGUGCAUGGUCAGAUAUAUGAUAUACUGUAUGUUUUGUUUUUGUUUUUUUUGUUUGUUUGCUUUUGUUUCCCCAAAGACACAAAUCUCCUUCCACUUUUUAUAUUCAUAUUUAUGUGGAUAUAAUAUUCAUGCAUAUAUAUUUAUGUAUGCAUAAACAGAAUAGUUAAUGUGUAAGCGCUGUGGUAUUGGAGGUAGUAUUUAUAUAGCUUAGUUCCCCAAGCCAGUGGACACCAGUAAAAUGUUGGUACUGGGAUGGACUGGAAUGCUGGGAGUUUUUCCCAACUGGAACUUAUGAUCUUUUACAAAAAAGAAAAAAGGCUGAAGAUCCAGUUGUUUAAUUUAUAUUUUGUAUUUUUAGUUUUAGUUUCCUUUAUGAUUUUUUUUUCAUGGAUGCGAAUACUCCAGUUUUAGAUUGUGUGUGUGUGUGUGUGUGUGUGCGGGUGUGUGUGAGAGAGAGAGAGCACUGACUUUUCAUUUCUGAUUCCAUUGCUGUUUGGAGCAGGAAUCUAAACUAAGCUUUGCACUGUGGGAAAGAGCAGCAGCAACAUGUAUCUGUGACACGUACGUUUAGGAUGAAAGAAAAUGAUAGUGCAUGCAUCAGGUGAGGGCGCUGUGUGUACGUUUGUGUGUGCGUGAGCAUGUUCUUGCUAAUGUAACAGUAUUAUCAUUUUGCAUUCCUUUUCUUAAAAUGCAAGUAUUCAGACUUAUUUUCAAACUGUGAAGUGGUGUCAUAGCAUUUAUAAUGCAAUGCAUGGUGCAGUACAAGAAGAAGAUACUUAAGGACAGAAGUUUGACUAUACUAGAUAUCAUGCUCACAUUACAACUACAGUGGACAAACACAAAGAGAAUGUAUUAAAUGUCUUGUUUACACAUGUUUUCUCCUUUCUGGGUAAGCCUGUCCUUUCCAUUCCACAGAAGGAGGAAAAGCCACCAAUAAGGGCUUAUUUCCAUACUCAGUCGAAGGUGGACAGAGGACAAAGUUGUCAUUUGCAUCUGCUCUUAUUUCAUUACAAGGCAACUGCUUGAAGACACUUGUCGAUCAGCAAAACCCCUGCUUACAGACCCUGGCUGCGGUAAAGGCUGUGCUGUAUGUUCUGGGAUCAGUUGUCCGUGCUGAAAUCUUCUGUUGCACUCCUUUCUUAUGUUGCAUGAAAGCCUCUCGUGAGGAUGUCAUGUUUGUCCCCUUCCACCCAAACGUAUGAAAAAAUAUAAACUUGUGUUUGAAA